AGAUUGAAAUGGCUAGUUCUACUACUGCAACUUCUAACACGUGCAGAAAGAGGGCAAGAAAAUCAACACCUUUAUCUAGAAGGGUAUGGACUCCAGAAGAGGAACUUACUCUUGUAGAUGGAUUAAAAGAAUUGUGUGUUAAUGGUUAGAGAGCAGAUAAUGGAACCUUUAGACAUGGAUAUUUAAUGGAAUUAGAACACUACAUGAAUGCUCGUCAUCCUAACUGUGGAUUGAAAUCUCUACCACAUGUUGAUUCUAAAAUAAGAGCAUGGAAAAAGAGUUAUGCAACAAUAUCGUUGCUAAAGAGUCGAAGUGGUUUAGGAUUCCAAUAUAGUGAUGGAAGUAUCUUAGUUGAUGAUCCUAAAGCUUGGGAUGACUUGAUAAAGGUUGAUCCGAAUGCCAAGUCAAUGAACUUAAAAAAAUGGCCAUUAUUUGCUGACUGGGAAGACAUAUUUGGCAAGUAUAGAGCUACUGGAGAGUUUGCCAAAGGGCCAGAAGAUGUUGUUCAAGAAAUAGAAAGAAUUGAAGCUCUAGAAAUUACUAAUGGCACGUCUGUGGGAUUUCCUAUUGAUGUUGUCGACAUAGAUGAUGCUUCAGGCACAAGAGAGGAUCAAGCUGCUCAAGAGGAACCUAAUGUAUCAACUGGAGCAACACAAAGUCCAUUUACUGCUCAAGAUGAACCUAAUGAAUCAACUGGAGCAGCACAAAGUUCAUUCACAACUCAAAAAGGUGAAACCCGUCAAUCUCAGAAACAAGGUAAUAGUUUUAAAGCAUCGUCUUCUAAAGUCAACGAAAAAGGUAGAUGCAAAAAAAGAAACACAACUGAAGAUGAUAAUGAGACUGUUCUUAAAGGUUUGAUGGAGGUGAUGAAACAACACUGAAAGCCAUGAUAAAAGGAUGGCUUCUUUAAUUGACAAGCUAGGAAAGCGUGAUCUAUCUGAGAUUUGUGGUAAGAUAUUUUCUAUUAUUGGAUCCCCUGCAUUUGAAAUAUACAACUCAGAUGA